AUGUCUAAUAACCGGGCAAAAGCACCUGCCGACGCGGACAAGGUCGAAGACGGUUACAUCUACGAUGGCUCGGGCACCGAAGAUGACCCGUACGCGGUAGAGUUCCAGAAAGACGACCCUAACAAUCCAAUGAAUUGGAGUGAGUCCCGCAAAUGGUUCAUUGCAGCCAUUUCGACUUUCUCGGUUUUUGCCGUGACCUUUACCUCCUCGGCAUACUCUGUGUCAGCAAAUGAAGUAUUGCAGGACUUUGACAUCAGCACCGAGGUCUUCAUUGUCGGGCUUUCUCUCUUUGUACUCGGAUUUGCAAUUGGCCCUGCCGUAUGGGGUCCCUUGUAA